AUGACCUGCAAAGUUGGACACGCAAGUCAAGGUGCUCGAUCUGAAAGGAUUAACUGUGUAUGGUUUUGUUGCCACAGGAACAAGAAGAUUGUUGAUUAUUCUCAGUUUGGGGAUUUGGAAGACGAUGAUGAAGACUUUGCAUGUAUAGCUGCACCUUCAAGCAAGAAAUCCAGAACACAGCUAAAGGAUCCAAAGAAGGAGAAAAAAGAGAAGCAAAAAAACCCACACAAAGAGUUGACUUCGUCACAAAAGCAGACACCUAGUAAAAGAAUAUCCUUGGAUGACAAACUUUAUCAAAGAGAUUUGGAAGUUGCCUUAGCCUUAUCUGUCAAAGAAAAAUCUACAAACAUCCUUGAGGUGCAAAAUUCAGAAGAACAAGGUAAGAAUACUGAAUCAGAACAUGUACAUAGGAGACCCCUUUUUUCCAACUGCAGUGUAGACAGUGAACUUUUAGGUCUCAAUCAGGUUAUGGAUGAUGACGUACCUAGGGGUGACUGUAGGCAAAGGACAGCAGGAUCUAAAGUUCCAGCACAUCAGAAGAAGUUACUGACCGUUGACAGUGAUGGUGGAGAGCAUGUUACUGACUCAGAGCCAGACUCUGUACCCAGUGAGGAGUCAGAAGAAGAUACAGAUUAUAGUGAAGGUGAUGAUGAAGACUUUGCUAUGGAAAAGAGGAAAACCAAAAGAAAUAAAAAGAAAACCAAACAAAAGAUGCCAGCAGAAAGAGAGAAGAAAACUCCCAAAUCAAAGAUUAAUGCUACAGCAUCACCUGCAGUUUCUCCUUCACGGAUAACAGAACAAAAGUCUGAGCCAACACAAAAGAUGCCAUCCAGUUGCUCAGAACCAGUUGGGAAGCCUUUACAUACAUCAAGUCCUGUAACAGACAAGAAGCCGAAAUGGAUACCACCAGCUCCCUCAGGAAGCAGUAAUAACUCUGUGAAAUAUGUUUCCGUUAAGUCACCUACUCAGUGUCUUAGACUCGGCCUCUCCAGACUAGCAAGAGUCAAACCACUGCAUCCCAGUGCUACCAGCCGUUAA